CCUGCUCACUAUCUACGUGGUAGCAGCCUCAGCCUCCAGGGGGUGAGGAUUCAACCUGUGCCAAUCACUGUUCUCUGCUGUCCCCAUGAAGACCGUCGUGCUAUUAACUGUGUGCGUGGUCCUCGCCCACGCCGCCCUUCAUCCCAAUGAACUCACCCGCCCAAACCCACGUCCACGUCCCCCACGCACUCAGGCCAGGGUUUUCCCUCUGGAGAAGGCCCCACUGAGGAUGCGAGCAAAGCAGGCGGAUGUGGUGAUUGACGGGAAAGAAACCACCAUUGGCCUGGCCUCCGCCUACUACCUCAGCGGCAUUCUGGAUGACAGCUGGAAUAUUUUGGGAAAGAUUGUUGGCGCUCUGGUGGGAAAGGGGCAGGAGGGCGAGGUGGACUACUUUGAGGUGAUCAGAACACAAGUGCAACAGGUGGUGGGGGACUACAUUGAUGCACACAACAUGAAGCAACUUGAGAUCUACAAAGAAAGUCUGGGCGUCCUGCUUCAGCGCUACAUGGAUGCUCCAGUGGAGAGCUCCAAUUAUGCUAACAAGAACACAGUAGCUAACUCCCUCUCCACCUCCAUCAUCACCAACCGCUUCCUGGUGGAGGCAGGUGAGAGGCCACAAUCCAUGAUCAUCCACUUUGCAGACAUCGCUUCCAUCCACAUCUUGGUGCUCAAGGAUGCAGCCCAAACCUACAGCAAGCAAGGGGCACCAUCCAGAUGGUGGGUAGACCUUGAUGACCAGCUCAACCAUUACAUCAGCCACGGCAAGACUCUACAGAACGCAGUGGUGGACUGGCGCAAUGAUAUGGUGACGUGCAGCUAUGAGGAAGGCAGGAAAUACGAUUCUUGGAUUAUUACUGACCCUGUGGCACGACUGAAGGACACCUGCAGGCAGAUCCACGGCACCUCAGGCUGUGAUGACCACUGCCAGGCCUACCAGCUGACCAUGAACCGGGAAGUGAGCCAGUUUGUGUGGAACUACAUGGGGAAGGCGCUGAGGGAGUGGGAGAUGCUCAGACUGGUUUCUGCUGCCAUGGUCAAGAAGAUCUAUGGCAAUAACUAAUAAAGCACGUCCUCCACCAGUGCCUUCCUCAGGCUUCCCUUGGAAAUAAACCUGCCA